GGGACCCAUAUGCACAUCGGCAAAAGCGGCCAGUUUUGCAUGGAAGUUCCGAUUCUUGACCCAUCCAGUCUCAGCGGGAUGCCGAAUGAGGUUAUUGUCCACGAUAUGUGCUGCUGUAUGAUGAGACAGCCCAUCUAUAAAGAGGUUGAAGGCUGUCCUGUUUGAUUUCGUCUAUCUAACAACCUCAAGGAUUUCCACAUAAGAAAAGGUUCAUCAUGAGUCCCCUAUCCGGCAAUGUCGCUUUUGUCGCAGGUGCCAAUGGCAUCAGUGGUUUCGCAAUCAUCGAGCACCUGGUUCGGCAGCCUAAGACCGAGUGGUCGAAGAUUAUUGUGACUUCCAGGCGCCCCCUGGCAUAUUUCUGGCCGGACCCUCGCGUGGAAUUUGUGGCCGUGGACUUCCUCGAACCGGGAGAGAAGAUCGUCGCCAAGUUGAGGAACAUCUGCGCGCCAGUUACUCAUACAUACUUCACCUCGUACGUGCACCAUGAUGACUUUAGGGUCUUGAAAGAAAAGAACGUACCUUUAUUCAAGAACUUUAUGGAUGCGGUGGAUGAAGUCUGCCCGAAUUUGGAGCGGGUUUGCCUUCAAACCGGUGGAAAGUAUUAUGGUGUUCACCUUGGACCUGUCAAGUUCCCUCUAUCGGAGGACAUGCCCAGAUACGACGACAAGGGCUACAACUUCUAUUACGUCCAGGAAGAUUAUCUGAAGGAGGUGCAGAAGAGGCGAAACACGUGGUCCUGGAACGUUAUCCGCCCGAACGCAAUCAAUGGAUUUGCUCCUCACGCAAACGGGAUGUCCGAAGCCCUGACUGUGGCUAUCUACAUGCUGAUCUGCCGUGAGCUCGGCCAGCCCGCUCAGUUCCCGGGCAACGAGUAUUUCUGGAACUCGAUAGACGACAAUUCUUACGCACCUAGCUUGGCUGAUUUGACGAUCCACGCUACGACAAAGGACCACUGCAAAAAUGAGGACUUCCUUCAUUGUAACGGAGACGUUUUCGUGUGGAAAUAUCUGUGGCAAGAUGUUGCCAAAUACUUCGGCGUGGAGGCCCCUGAGCCUCAAUUCAACAAGGCCGCCGGCCAAACUGAUACUCUUAACAACGAAAUCGACAUGGUAGAAUGGGCGAAAGACAAGCGUCCCAUCUGGGAAGCCGUGGUGAAGAAAUACGGAGGCAAGCUCGAAGCUUUCGACUGGGGCACCUGGGGCUUCUUCAACUGGGCAACCGGCAAGUCUUGGUGCACAAUAUCGUCUGUCAACAAGGCCAGGAAGUACGGUUGGCAGCGAACAGACGAUACCUUCGAAACGUGGAUUGAGACCUAUCGGUCCUUUGAGAAUGCGGGCGUGUUGCCUAGCCACACUGCCCUUUAAAGGCAUUGCGUGAGUGUCGAUGAGCGUUGAAUAGUAUAUUUAUUCGCGGUAUGUUAGAUAUAGAGUUUGCAAGAAAUGCAGCUAUUGUGAC